UACAUACAAUAUUUCAAAACGACUUCAUAAAAGUUUAUAAGCCAGAACAAAUCAACAUAUAGCCGAUUAACUCAAAACACGGCAAUGAGGCAAAACUACUAUUGUUUUUAAAUUUACACAUCUUCUUUGUCAUGGCGAACAGGUUGGAUAAACUGGAAACUUCUGAGAAAACUCCACUUCUAUCGGAAUCCACAAAACUAGUUCGGACUACACCAUCAAAAUGGCGACAGUGUUCAGUUCUUAUAGCAUGUAUGUACUUGCAUUUCAUGUCUCUUGGAUUUGCUCCGGUCUUAGGGGUAAUUUACGUGGAACUUAUCCGUCAGUUCAAUUCAGCGAGAUCAGAAACUGCCAUCGUACAAAGCAUGUAUCAAGGACUUACAUAUGUCGGCGGAAUUCUUUUUUCUGGAGUUGUAUCUAAAAUAGAAGUUGGACCUCCUGUAAUGAUAGCCUCGGCAUCAAGCGGUCUUGCAUUAUUUAUAAGUGCGUUUUCAGUUAACAUUUAUAUGGUGAUAGUUUUGGUUGGUUUUGUUGGUGGGAUGUCUAUGAGUAUUAACUAUUUAUGCGCGUUUGUCGCUGUAGGAUGGAUGUUUGUGGCAAACAGACGCGCUGCCCUGGCCUUUCUUACAAUGGCGACUGCGGUUGGUCAGACAGCGCUUCCAAAUAUUGCUGACUACCUAAUAGACGAAUACGGUUGGGCUGGAACAUUCAUGAUAGCGAGUGGUUUAAUUCUGAACAGUAUCCCGUGUGGACUAGUUCUAUAUUUUUCGCGGGACUUUUUCUUGACAGAAAACAAAACUAGCGCAACAUCAUCAUCUGUUAGAGAAAAGAUGUGUCAGUGUAGAUCAAAACAGGAUGUUGCCUAUAUUAUGUUUGUCGUUGUAUGUCUGAUAUUUCCGGGUACAAGUGCGGUGGAGAGUUGGUUUACAGUGGAUAUUAGUGAACUGCGAGGAUUCGACCGUCAACAAGGAACUAUUUUAUUAUCGCUCGUCGGAGCUUUCGGGCUGGUCGGAAGGUUGCUUGGAACUAUAUUGCUGACAUUUUGGCCCACUAUUAGUAUUGCAAUACCUUUGGCAAUAGCUUUCCAAUUUCUUGCAUUAGCACACUUUCUUGUAGUUUAUUUAACAGACUUUUAUGGAAUGUUAGGCGGUAUAUUUGUACGCGGAAUUUCUAUAGGUAUGGUUAUGUGCUUACUGCCAGGGAUGCAGCUCGAACUGCGUGGAAUAAACAGAUUUCCGCGGACAGUAGCUUUAUGCAAUGUGACGAGUGGAUUAGGGAUUGUGGUGUGUGGAUACCUAGGUGGAUUCAUUGCAGACUGGACUGGAAGUUAUGAUUUAGCAUUUUAUAUUGCAGUUGGCGUGUCUGUUUUCUGUGGUCUCUUAAUGGUGGUAAUAAAAUGCUUGCAAUACGUUUAGUAUUUACUACCGGUGUAUAGUUACAAUUUCUGAUCGGCCACUUGAUACAUGUUUUUUUUCUUUAUCCAGGCCAAAGGUGUGAUAAAAUGUUCGUGUGAUAAAUUGGUGUAUUUGUAUUUUGUGGACAGAGUGGUUUACUUUAUACUGAUUACAGAGAAAAAUAAAUUGUUGAAAUUUUA